CAGUAUUAGAACAUCCUAAAGCCUACACCCACCAAUCACAGUCCACAAAUGCAAAAGCAACCCAGACGGACCCAGGUUGUCCUUGGAUGCCACGUCAGAAAAAGAAAAGUGGUGGGAAGCCGCGGCUGAGGUGAGGAUUGCAGACAGAUAAUGAAAUCAUGGCCACUGCAUUUGCAUCAUCCUCGUCUCCACAGAUUGCAACCUUCCUUUCUUCUUCUAGUUUGCGCUCAAACACACGCUCAUAUUUGUCUCUUAGAACAACUCUUCUUCCACCUCCUCCAUCUAUCUCCCCCAUAAAAAAACUCACCCUUUUUCGGAAUCCACCUCGACCCAUUCUUGCUGCUGCCGCUGAAGAUGUUGUUGUAGCUUCGGAAGAUGCCGUGGUGGAUGCUGCGGACCAAUUGGUGUCCAACACCGAUGAUGGGGUGUCCACAGUCGUAUCAGCCCUUCUCUUUGCAGCGUUCAUUGGUCUAACCGCUAUCACUAUUGGGGUAAUAUAUCUAGCAGUUACAGAUUUCCUGCAGAAGAGAGAGAAAGAGAAGUUUGAGAAAGAAGAAGCAGCAAACAAGAGUAAGAAGAAGAAGAAGAAGGUGGGAAGGGGCAGGGCAGGGCCAAGAGGAUUUGGGCAAAAGGUUGUUGAAUACGAGGAUGAUGAUUAGAUUAGGAUGCAAAUUGCAGAUUGAAAAAUAACACCGCCAAAGCCAUUUCAGGUCCUCUUCCUCUUCCAUUCAAAUCGCGAAUUUUACUUUAACUCUUUUUAAGUCUUCACAAUGUGAUUUCCAGUUUCUAUAACAAACAUGUUCGAAUUAGGGAAAUUCAUUGCAAUGCAUCGUUUCAGACAUCCGAAUUUAUCGGAAUUUGCCAUGCCUACGCUGUCGUACUUGUCCAUAACCGAUCUACCGGUUAUAAUUCCAAUUUAAUGUCAUGAAUCGUUCAU